AUGGCCUUAAGUAAACAAGAGUACAAAGACUCCUCACCUAUCAAAAAACCAAACUCGGGAUACCUGGUACCCGCUACCCUUGCCUACACCCUCUCACAAAAUCAGAAAAUGAUUGUCUACCUUAGCUCGUUUAUUAUCCUUUCCUCUGCAGUCUCUGUAUCUGCCACUCGUGCGCUCCAAGCGCCCCAAGGUAGCUACUGGGCCACUUACAACGCUACAGUUUCCUCAGCUGAGGCAAAGUGUCUAGUCGCUGAAGGUGAAAAGGUGACCGACUCGUGCUGCCUUGGUACUGGAGCUAGCCUACUUCCUCAUGAAGCUCUGAAGGGGGGAGAUUCGUGCUUCUCGCUUGGGCCUGGACUCAUCCCAUUCAGCGGUUGUGUCGGAGACGGUGUCGCUGGCUACGGUGAGAACUGUGUCACCGACAAGGCCCCGUUCAAUGCUGCUGAUGCCACAGAGUGCGGGUGCAGCUUUGUGAUCCAAGGCAGUGGUUGCUACAAGGCCAAUGAUCUCCCAGGCCAACAAUGGUUCGUCUAUCUUGACGGCGACUCCUGCGAGGCUCCAACUCCGCCUUCUGGAUCAUACUGGGCAACCUACAACGAGACCACAGGUCCUGCUGUAGACACUUGUCUCGUUUCUGAAGGUGAAAAGGUGGCAGACUCGUGCUGCCUUGGUACUGGAGCUGAACUACUUUCUCACGAAGCUCUGAAGGGGGGAGAUUCGUGCUUCUCGCUUGGGCCUGGACUCAUCCCAUUCAGCGGUUGUGUCGGAGACGGUGUCGCUGGUUACGGUGAGAACUGUGUCACCGACAAGGCUCCGUUCAAUGCCGCUAAUGCCACAGAGUGUGGGUGCAGCUUUGUGAUCCAAGGCAGUGGUUGCUACAAGGCUAAUGAUCUCCCAGGCCAACAAUGGUUCGUCUACUUGGACGGUGCUUCAUGCAAUGUUGAAGAUGCCACAGAGGCAACUACUGAUGACAAGUCGGAUGGCAAUGAUGCCACUUUUGCCGCAUUGACUGUUGCCCUUUGUCUUAUUGCUGGUGUUGUGCUUUGA